AACCACAGAUGGCGAAAGAGGAGGGAAGUUUAAACAGUCCGCACAGCGUAGACUGCUUCCUGCACACAAUUGUUCAAACUGCUCCUCAGAGUCAACAAUCAUCCUCUCGUAGUGAAAACGAAACGUAGUGAUAAGACCAUAGAUCAUUAUAAUUGCGUAAACCUACCAAGGCGAGGCUGUACACAAUGGACACUUCCUAUGAUCGGAGUUCAGAUUCGCCCUCAAAGAACAGUUACAUCGGGAGUUAUUAUCAGCCUCCUGAUAGGAUACUGCCCAGACCUGAACCCCCUUUGAGCAUGAACACACCGGGCCUCUCUCCUGGGCUCUCUCGGACUACUGACGCUGUUAGUAGUAAAGCUGUCAUUGACGCACUGAAAACGCUUCAGGAGAAGAUCAGGCGGCUUGAGUUGGAGAGGAAGAGAGCUGAGAAGAACAUCCAGCCUUCCUCCCUGGCGGCGUGUAGCGUCGAGCCCAACGCCACCUCCUCGAAGGGCCCUACUCGGAUACCACACACCGCGGCCCCCAAAAACAUCAACAAGACCGAGCUAGUCUCACAACUGCAGGCUGCAGAAGCCCGCUGUAGGGGCCUUGAGAAGCAGCUGGACUACAUGAGAUGGAUGAUGGAGAAAGCCCAGCAGGACAAGAACACCCUGGCAGAGAAACAGGCUUCCCUUCAAAGGCAGACGGUGACAGACUGUACAAGCCUCCAGAACCAGCAAGAGAAGCUGGAGAAGCUAGAGAAGGAAUGCAUCAAACUCAGCCAAACCCAAUCUCAAGCAUCGAGGAAGAUGUUCUUUCUGGAGCAAAGGCUAGUAGCAGAGGAGCAUGAGCGCAGGCUGGUGCAGGAGAAGGCAGACGAGCUACAGCGGGAGAUGGACAUCAACCUCCGACUGUCCUCCCCACCAAGCCAAGAGCUCAAACCAAAGAAGAAGUCUGGGAGAGCCAGCGCCUCGAAGCCGUCCAGUGAGCCGAUGUCGCAGAGCCUCCCGACGGCCAGACGUCUGCCCUUUGUGGCUGGAACUUCCACCAGCCCGAGCCACUCGGUGAGCGGGAACAUGCAGAGUCUGCUGCACAUGCUGAAGCACCAUCAGCCCCAGCUGUGCAACCACGUGCGCUCCCUGCACCAGGCGCGUGGCGGGGCCCGCAGGAGCCUGCGCCGGGCCUUGACCGGGGCCUCGCCGACGCCCGAAACCUCCGGGCCGGGGCGAGCGGCGCAGGACCUUGACUCUCUGUCGGACCUGCUGCUGGCCCUGCAGGAUGAGCUGGGACAGAUGAGCUUUGAGCACCAGGAGCUGGUGCGUCAGAUUGAGAAGGUCCCGGGCCGAGAGACUUCGGAGGAGCUGGAGCCAGAGCUGGAGAGCCUGCUUAAGAAGAUGGAGGACAAAGGAGUCCAGAUCACCAAGCUCCGCCAGCACCAGCAGACUGUCCGCCUGCUGACCCAGAACAAGGGGCGAGCUGCCGGGGGAGGUUCUAGGGGCUCCAAGGCGAGCGGGGCCAGCAGUCCCCCACAGCCGUCGCCCGUCAGGGAGGGGCGCCCGGGGAGGAGGGGCGGGGCUUCCCAGCGCGGCCUGCACAUCCUCAAGGAGACCCAGAGGUUCAGAAACAGCCUGAAGACCGAUGAUAUAUCGUGGGAGACAUAGGUGUGUGUGUGUGUGUGUGUGUGCGUGCGUGCAAGGUUUCCUUGCUUUUUGUAUAGUUUACAGAAUUAUUUUUGCUUUGUCUAGAAUUAUAUAAAUUAAAUCCUGCACACAAAGGUUUAAUGACAGGCAGUUAUUAAUAAUGUGUUGAGUGUUUGUGUCGUUACCUCUUUGUCACCUCAUGGUGUAUAGAAAUAAAUUCAAAUUCUGCUAUUUUAACAUUUAAUGAAUUGUUUGUAGGACGUCAGCUAUGUACGGAAGCCGAGAACGGCCAUCGAUUAUUUUAUUUUUUUAUGCACUGUUAUCUCGUGAUAACGACUUAUUAUCUCGUUCUCGGCUUCCGUACAAUAUCAUUGGGGCCUUAAAAGUCAAAUGCAUUUCAAAACCUAAACUCAACUACAGUAAGUCUCUGGGGAAAACUCUAGAGGGCAGUGCUGGGCAUAAUUACUGAAAAUAUUUAACUUCGAUAAGCCCGUCAUCAGUAAUUGUAUUUUAGAUUAAGUUUGGGAGAAAAAAGUGUUACAAAACCAUUCAAAUUAAAUUUGAUUAAAUGUCGUUGCAUUAUCUAUUUCCCGUUUUAGCGGUAGUUUUGAGCCACAAGCCUAGUGGUGGUUUAUGCUGUGGAAGGGGAUAGGGUCGGGGUUGCUUCCUUUUACUUGCGUUUUAUUUUUACUUUGUAACCCAUGAGGGACUCGUGAUUAAAGAGGAAGUGGCCCCAUCCUAUCCACUUCUUCAGCAAGACCCACGACGUUAACACUUUAAAUCAUGGCAAGAUAUGCAACAAGCUCCAUUGAAUGGUUUUGUAAACUGUUAUUUUCUCACCAGCUUAAUCUGAAAUACAACUACCGAAUCAUCCUCGUCAAUCCGUUUAUCCGGGGUCGGAUCGCUGGGCAGCAGCUCAAGCAGGGGGGCCCAGACUUCUCUUUCCCGGGCCACAUUGAUCAGCUCCGACGGGGGGAUCCCGAGGCGUUCCCAGGCCAGUGUUGAGAGACAUAAUCUCCCCACCUAGUCCUGGGUCUUCCCCGAGGUCUCCUCCCCAAUGGUCAUGCCUGGCACACUUCCCUAGGGAGGUGUUCAGAGAUCCUGCAUUGUGAACCCCAGAGGGCAUCCUUAGCCGAUGACAACUACUGAUUUGUUAUCUUAAUUGUUGGAUGGCCUGUGCACAUGGUUAGCGCGGCAGAAUACUGGUGUCUUGUGUUGAGGGAUUUAGUCACAUUGGAUGACGAGCCAUGAUUCCAGUGUUUGCUCUCAUACCUUCUGCUCUUUGGUCAACAUCUUACACCUCUUUGCUGGCUUAAACCAAAAUUAUAUGGCAUCCAGUCCACACAUUUGCAAUGCACCACAUUAUACCUGGAGAUCACUGUUAUAAGAUUUUGGCUUGGUUUGUUUAAUUAUGUUAUCUUCCAUUCUGUCUGUUCUUGUAUAUUUUUUUGCUCACUUGUUGUGUGUGUUUGCGUGUGUGUGUGAGAGAGGGAAUCCAGGGUUUUUUUCUUCAUGUGCCUCUAUUAGAUUACCGAACAUGGCUGGACAGAGAAAUUUAGUUAGCUCUGCCAAGCCCCAUCCAUCCCCUUACACACAUAGUAUUGAGAGCACGAGGUUAUUCUGACCUUUCCAGCUCACUUUAUAUGAAGUCAUUCUGUUUUACCCUCUCCAUGGCCAUUACUCCCACGAUGGUUACAUCCCCUACUUUUUGCUUUGCUUUGACCGUUGAAGGUCACCUGAAAUCCUAUGAAAGUAAUGACACAUUCAAAGUAUGUAAUAGACGCACAACCAAAGCGGUGUGGCCAUUUAAUUCUCUUUAAGAAAAAGUAUUGGGAAGAGACUGACUGCAUUUUUUAUGGUCAUUGAUAACAAUAAAGCUGUAAAACUAAAGUCACUACUGCACUAGACCGAGGCCAACCAUUACAGCUCAAACAUACAACAAUCACCCCAGCCGUUUGAUUGUCAAAACUGUAUUGUAGAAACUGUUUGUGGUGUUGAAAUAGCCCCCGCCUCUUUCCUGACACUGUCCCGGAAACGUCGCCAGCCUUGAACCUUGGACCUCAGCAAAGAAAAAUGAAUAAAAUAAAGGACAACAUGGUCAACAACCCAGAA